AUGGCCCCGGAAUCUGACCUAGAUUGUGUGUUUGACUACAGGUGGUUGCAGGAGCAACUGAUUGUGGAGUUCACCGCGUUCAUUGAAGGCAAUAGCUCUAAGAACGACAAGAAACUGGUCCGCGACAUGAAAGCGCGGCUGGUGGGCUUGAAUCUCCAAUUUCUAGGGGGGUGUGGCGCAAUUCACGUAGGAGAGACGGUGGGGGAGGGGGGUGCGCCAGCAGAGAGGGUGACGAUAGAGGUAGACGUUGCAGGUACCGGGGAUGCAGAGGAGGUGCGCCGCAGCGCGCAUGAUACUAGGCCAGGACCAGACGUGCCGGACCGGGAAAUGGUAGAGGCAGCAAUGGCUGGGGCUGCAGAGAAGGCGAAUGCGAUGGCAGAGGAGUUCAGACGCAUAGAGGAGGUCAAUCGUCGUGUACGGGAGGAAGCUGCCAGGGCCAGGGCCGCAGAGGAGAAAAAACGAGGGGUGGAGGAACGGCAGAAGAGGGUAAGGGAGGAGGCGGAGGCGACACUACGCAGAGAGGAGGGGGCGCGGCGUGCGAGGGAGGCAGCGGAGAGGGCGAGGGUUGCAGAGGAGCUUUUGAGAGCGGAAGAGGAACAGCAGAGGGCAGAUUCUGCAAAGAGUGCGAGGGAGGAUGCAGAGGAGAUGGUUCGCAGAGAGGAAGAGACAAGGCGUGCAAGAGAGGCUGCACAGAGAGCGAAGGCUGCAGAGGAGCGGAUGAGAGCUGAUGAGGAACGGCAAAGGGAUGAGGCCGCAGAGAGGGCCAGGGUGGCAGAGGCCGCACUACGCAUAGAGGAGGAGGCGCGGCGUGCGAGGGAGGCUGCAGAGAGGGCAAGGAUUGCAAAGGAUCUUUUGAGAGCGGAGGAGGAACGGCAGAGGGCAGCUGCUUCAAAGAGGGCGAGGGAGGAGGCGGAUGCGAUGGUUCGCAGAGAGGAAGAGGUGCGGCUUGCAAGAGAGGCUGCAGAGAGAGCGAAGGCCGUAGAGGAGCGGAGGAGAGCUGGCGAGGAACGGCAAAGGGAGAGGGCCAGGGUGGAGGUAGAGGCCGCACUUCGCAGAGAGGAGGAGGCGCGGCGUGUGAGGGAGGCUGCAGAGAGGGCGAGGGUUGCAAAGGAGCUCUUGAGAGCGGAAGAUGAACGGCAGAGGGCAGAUGCCUCAAAGAGGGCGGGGGAGGAGGCAGAGGCGAUAGAUCGCAGAGAGGAAGAGGCGCGGCUAGCAAGAGAGGCUGCAGAGAGAGCGAAGGUUGUAGAGGAGCGGAGGAGAGCUGACGAGGAACGGCUAAGGGAGAGGACCAGGGUGGAGGCAGAGGCCAAACAACGCAGAGAGGAGGAGGCGCUGCGUGCGAGGGUAGCUGCAGAGAGGGCAAGGAUUGCAGAGGAUCUCUUGAGAGCGGAGGAGAGAGGAGGAGGCGCUGCGUGUGAGGGAAGCUGCAAAGAGGGCAAGGAUUGCAGAGGAUCUUUUGAGAGCGGAGGAGGAACGGCAGAGGGCAGAUGCCUCAAAGAGGGCGGGAAGGAGGCGGAGGCGAUAGUUCCCAGAGAGGAAGAGGCGCGGCUUGCAAGAGAGGCUUCAAAGAGAGCGAAGGCUGUAGAGGAGCGGAGGAGAGCUGACGAGGAACGACUAAGGGAGAGGGCCAGGGUAGAGGCAGAGGCCACACAACGCAAAGAGGAGGAGGCGCUGCGUGCGAGGGUAGCUGCAGAGGAUAUCUUGAGAGCGGAGGAGGAACGGCAGAGGGCAGAUGCUUCAAAGAGGGUGAGGGAGGAGGCGGAUGCAAUGGUUCGCAGAGAGGAAGAGGCGCGGCUUGCAAGAGAGGCUGCAGAGAGAGCGAAGGCCGUAGAGGAGCGGAGGAGAACCGACGAGGAACGGCAAAGGGAGAGGUCCAGGGUGGAGGCAGAGGCGGCACUACGCAGAGAGGAGGAGGCGCGGUGUGCGAAGGAGGCUGCAGAGAGGGCGAGGGUUGCAGAGGAGCUCUUGAAAGCGGAAGACGAACGACAGAGGGCACAUGCUUCAAAGAGGGCGAGGGAGGAGACAGAGGCGACAAUUCGUAGAGAGGAAGAGGCGCGGCUUGCAAGAGAGGCUGCAGAGAGAGCGAAGGCCAUAGAGGAGCGGAGGAGAACCGAUGAGGAACGGCAAAGGGAGAGGGCCAGGGUGGAGGUAGAGGUCACACAACGCAGAGAGGAGGCGGCGCGGUGUUUGAGGGAGGCUGCAGAGAGGGCGAGGGUUGCAGAAGGGCUCUUGAGAGCGGAAGAGGAACUGCAAAGGGCAGAGUCUGCAAAAAGAGGGAGGGAGGAUACAGAGGAGAUGGUUCGCAUAGAGGAAGAGGAGCGGCAUGCUAAACUGGCGGCGGAGAGAGCGAAGGAAGUAGAGGAGCGGAUGAAAGCGGAGGAGGAACGGCUGAUGGCAGAGGCGAUAUCACGUGAAAUGGAGGAUGAGCAUCGUGUAGUAGAGGCUGCAGAAAGAUCCAAGUCCGCGGAGGAUCAAAGGAGAGAGGAGGAUCAACAGCCUAGAGAAGCGAGUGCUGGGAGGAUGAUGGCGGAGGCAGAGGCAAAUAUUCGCAGAGAGGAGGAGGCUCAGCGUGCAAUAGAGGUGGCAGACAGGGCGAAGACUGUAGAAGAGCGGAAGACAGUGGAGGAGGAACGGCUGAGUGUUGAGGCGGCAGAGAGAAUGAGGAAUGAGGCAGAGGCGAGAUUACGAAGAGAGGAGGAGGCGCGGCAUGGAAGUGAGGAUGCAGAGAGGGCCAGGGCUGCAGAGGAUCUCUGCAGAGUUGAGCAUGAACGGCAGAUGGUAGAGGCUGCAGAGCGGUUGAAGGAGGAGGCAGAGGCGUUAGCUCGACUAGAGGAAAUAGAGCGGUGUAGAGUGGUGGUAGAGAGGGCCAUGGUUGAAGUAGAGGCGAUUCUAUAG